AUGGCGUAUCUUAAUCAUUCAUAUACUGAUGGUCACACCAAUUUUCUUGAUGAUACUACUAAACCUCAUGACAUUACUUAUGCGUUGAAACCUGAAACUGGAAUGGUUUUAAUCUUUCAACAUGAUUUAUUUCAUGAAGGCGAAACAGUAUCAACUGGAAAAAAGUACAUAAUGCGCAGUGAUGUGAUGUACAAACGAAUAUUGAUUGAACCAAUGUCAACAAAGGAACAUGAAGCAAGAGAACUUCUUGCUCAAGCUGAACAAUUUGAAGAUCAAUCCAAUUAUGGCGAAGCAAGUAAAUGCUAUCGAAAAGCAUACAAAUUAUGGCCAGAGUUGGAAAAAGAAUUUGGAAAAUAG